AUGGGAAGGAAGAAUACUAAUGAAAUUGGGGGAAGUGGAUCACAAGUUAAAGUUGUAUGGAAUGAUUAUAAUGUAUCCAAAUUUUGUGAUCUGUGCAUCAAGUUGGUGGAUGUUGGACAUUGUCCUAAUACUCAUUUUGACAGAGAAGGAUGGGAAAGUUUGGUAGUAAACUUCAGUAAAGAAACCGGCAAUAACUAUGAUAAAACUCAAUUGAAGAAUAAGUGGGAUUCACUUAAAAUUGAAUGGAAGUUGUGGAAAGAACUAGUUGGCAAGGAAACUGGUUUAGGGUGGAAUCCUAGCAAGGGCACUGUUGAUGCACCUGCCGAAUGGUGGCAUAGUAAGAUUCAGGUCAAUCCUGAAUAUGCAAAACUGCGUAAAAAAGGUCUUAAUCCUGAAUUGGAGAAGAAGCUAGAUAAAAUGUUUUCAAACAUUAUAGCCACUGGUGAACAUGCUUGGGCACCUUCUUGUGGGAACCUUCCAUCUCCAAAAUCAGACAUAUGCAAGGAUGAUGUCAUUCCACUUGAAGGCAGUGAUGAUUCGGUGGAUUUUACUCCAAUAGAAAGAAGUGGGGGUAAGGAAGGUGUUUCAAGGAGAGGGAAAAAAAAGAUUGACUGAUGAUGCUGAAUUACAAGCUAAAGCGGAAAAGAAACCUAAAGGACCCAUUGUUUUAGGCAAGCAGAAGGUGGGAGGUGCUACAAAGUUAUCUCAUCAAAUAGAUUGUUUUAUUGAUGUUGUUGAGAAUAAGAGUGCUGGAACAUCAAACAGUGUGAAAAGCACAGAAAGCUAUACUAUUGCUGAAGUAAUGAAAGCACUUGAGUCUGUCCCUUAUUGCGAGCCUGGGAGCACUUUGUGGUUGUUUGCAACUCAACUCUUUUUGAAUA